CGCGAGGCGGGUUCUGAGUACACGGCGCGUUGCAGACUUGGGCUCCUUGCGGGUGGCCGCGGGGUCGGGCGCGUCCCUCGGCCGGUGCAUGGACUUGCGAGGCCUGCGGCUUCGCUGGGCACCAGCCGCCGGACCUCCUGGUCCGUGGUGCUGGAAUUUCCUGAAAGCGUGGGCCCGGUGGCCCUCGGCGUGGCUGCGGCUGGCCCGUCUCCUAGACAGGGUGUUUCUACAUUGCCCAGCGUGUCCUGAAGCGUGCUGUCCUUCUGCCUCAGCCUCCUGAUUGCUGGCAUUUCAGGUCAUGCUGGAGGCCCAAGCAAGGGUCUGGCGGGCAGAAUGAACGACUGGCACAGGAUCUUUGCCCAGAGCACGCUCGUCCCUCCCCACCCCCAGAGAGCACGGCAGCUGUUGCAGGAAUCGACAGCCUUUCAGUGUGUCCUGAAGUGGCUCGAGGGUCCACUGGUCAAGCAGGCUGUGCUGGAGGUGCUGUCCGGGCCUGAAUGCCACCUGCGCGUGUCUCUCUUUGACAUCACCUACCGAUACUUCUUUGGGAAGACGUGGAGAACCUCAGCGAGGCCGGUCCAGCAGCCCUCGAGGCAGCCAUCCAGGAUCGUCUUUGACGAGCCUUUCUACUUCCAUACGUCCUUAAACCACCCAAAUAUCGUGGCCGUGGUGGAAGUGGUCACUGAAGGCAGGAAGCAGGAUGGGACCCUCCAGUCACUGUCCUGUGGGUUUGGAAUUCUUCGGAUCUUCAGCAAUAAACCUGACUCUCCGACCUCUGCUUCCCAGGACAAACGGUUGAGGCUGUACCAUGGCACCCCCAGAGCCCUCCUGCACCCGUUUCUGCAAGACCCUGUGGAGCAAAACCAGCACAUGACCCUCAUCGAGAGCUGCAGCCUGCUGUACACCCUGCGGCUCCACCCGCCGCUGGAGCCUGCUUUCCACCUGGUGCCCCAGAACCUGCUGGUGUCGGGGCUGCAGCGGAUCCCUGGCCUCCUCCCCGCUCACAGCGAAACCGGCGACGCCCUCCGGAAGCCUCGGCUCCAGAAGCCCGUCACGUGGCACUUGGACGACCUGUUCCUCACCCUGUGCCCUUCCCUCGGGAGGUUCGAGGAGGAGCUGGUGCAGCUCCUCACCUGCGAUCACGUCCAGGAGGGGGGUGGCCUGCUGGAUGGCGGGGCCCUGGAGGUCCUGGAGCGGCGCCUGCAUGUAGGUGUGCACAAUGGCCUGGGCUUUGUGCGGAGGCCACAGGUGGUUGUGCUGGUGCCCGAGAUGGAUGUGGCCAUGACGCGUUCGGCCAGCUUCAGCAGGAGAGUGAGCUCCUCCUCCAGGACCAGCUCUGGAAACCAGGCCCUGGUUUUGAGAAGCCGCCUGCGACUGCCUGAGAUGGUGCAGCACCCGGCCUUCGCCGUAGUCUUCCAGCUGGAGUAUGUGUUCAGCAGCCCCGUGGUGGCGGACGGCAACGCAGCUGUGGCCUCUUCCUUGUCCAGCUUGGCGUGCAUGCGUGCGGUCCGCUGGGCUGUGUGGAGCCCAGUGCUGGAUGUCCGUGCCGGAAGUGUGACUUUGCCUCUGCAGGGCGGGGUCCUGCACAACCCCUUGCACUGCCUGGUCUAUCAGGUGCCUUCAGCCAGCAGGAGCUCUGAAGAGGAUCGAACCCAGGGCCUCUCAUGUACUUGGAGCCACCUGCUGGAGGAGCGGAGCCCUACACUGGCUUGCUUCCUGUGGGACGGCGUGCUGUUGGAGAACACCGACGAGGAGCGCUCCUUUCCGGAGCAGAAGGCAGAGGCUGCAUUAAGCCUGGGUCUGCCUGUGCCAGCACCCCAGGGUCUUGCGGCCACCCAGGACUCACCUGUGGGACCAGGGUUGUCACUUUCUCAGCUGGUGACUUCCCCGCAGUCCCCGGCUCAGUGCCGCUCAGCCAAAGCCACUCCACGGUCACCAGAGGGCUCCCAGCCCCAGGCAGAGUUUCCUUUGGAGGGCGGGAUCUCUCAUCUGGAAGCCGACCUUAGUCAGACUCCCUUGGUGCUGGAAGCCCCUGUUGCUGAACCUUUGCAGGAGCUGCCCUUCACCCCUCUGCAUGCCCCCAUUGUUGUGGGACCCCAGCAAAGGAGUUCUGGCAGCCAGCUCUCCAGAGCCACCAUGGUUCUCCUGCAGUCCUCCGGCUUUCCUGAGAUUCUGGAUGCCAGCAAGCGGCCUGCCGAAGCUGUCAGUCCCACGGACCCCGUGCACUUCGACCCUCAAAGGGAAGAAGCGGAUUGUCUACAGAGCAAUGAAAUAGUGCUGCAGUUUCUUGCCUUCAGCAGAGUGGCCCAGGAUCACCGAGGAGCUCCGUGGCCAAAGUCCGUGUACUUCACGUUCCAGUUCUACCGCUUUCCACCUGCCACGACGCCACGGCUGCAGCUGGUGGAGCUGGCUGGGAUGGGGAAGACGGGCUCCGGCUCCCUGUCUCACGUCCUUGUACCCAUUAGUAAAGACUGCUCCUUUGACACUGGGUCUCCUGGCUUCCAGCUGAGGUACGUGGUGGGCCCUGGCUUCCUGAAGCCGGGCGAGCAGCGCUGGUUCCUCCACUACCUGGCCGUGCAGACCUUGCAGAUGGACGUCUGGGACGGGGACUCCUUGCUCCUCAUUGGAUCUGCCGCCGUUCAGAUGAAGCACCUCCUCCGCCAGGGGCGGCCGGCUGUGCAGGUGCCACAUGAGCUCGAGGUCGUGGCGACCGAGUAUGAGCAGGACGCGUCUGUGGUGAGUGGAGAGGUGACCAGGUUUGGCAGCGUCAAGCCCAUUGGUGUCCACACGGUGGUGAGGGGCCUGCUGCACCUGACCUUGGCCAACGUGGGUCACGCGUGUGAACGGCCAGUGAGGGGUUCUAGCAUGCUGCCACCAUCCAGGUCUCGGGUCAUCUCCAGUGACGGAGCCAGUCGCUUCUCUGGGGGCAGCCUCCUCCCAAGGGGAGGACCGAGAUGAAAAAAUGUGGUCCAAGCACAGAAGCUGGCUGAUGUGGACAGCGACCUGGCCGCCAUGCUGCUGACCCAUGUGAGGGGCGGCCAGGGGCUCCAGGGUGCUGGCCAUGAGGCUGAUGCUGUCCGCAGGCGCAAGCUGGAGAGGAUGCGGUCUGUGCGCCUGCAGGAAUCCGGAGGAGAGCCGGGCAGCCGCAGAACAAACAUACUGGCCCAGCAGAGCGUGCGGGCACAGCACUCGCGGGACCUGCAGGUCAUUGACGCCUACCGGGAGCGCACCAAGGCCGAGAGCAUUGCCAGUGUGCUGAGCCUGGCCGUCACCACGCAGCACACGCUCUACGCCACCCUGGGCACUGCUGAGUUCUUCGAGUUCGCGCUCAAGAACCCCCACAACAUCCAGCACACGGUGACCAUCGAGAUCGACAACCCUGAGCUCAGUGUCAUCCUGGACAGCCAGGAGUGGAGGUACUUCAAAGACGCCGCCGGCCUGCACACACCCCUGGAGGAGGACAUGUUCCACUUGCGCGGCAGCCUGGCCCCCCAGCUCUACCUGCGCCCCCGGGAGACCACCCACAUUCCCUUCAAGUACCAGAGCUUCUCUAUGGGUCGGCCGGCCCCUGUACAGGCCUCUGCUGAGCUGAGCUCCGAGAGGGGCACAGACGCCGGAUCACCUUGGAAGUCCAGCGCCACUUUCACCAAGCACGCCAAGGUGCUGUUCCGGGCCAGCAGCGGGAAGCUCCUUGCUAUGCUCCAGCUGACCGUGGAGCCCCAGCCCCACGUUGUGGACCAGAUCUUCCGCUUCUACCACCCGGAACUCACCUUCCUGAAGAAGGCCAUCCGCCUGCCUCCCUGGCACACGCUUCCUGGUGCCCCAGUGGGAAUGCCUGGCGAGGACCUCCCCAUCCACGUGCGAUGCAGCGACCCCAAUGUCCUCUGUGAGGCCCAGAGUGUGGGCCCUGGGGAGCCCCGGGAUGUGUUUCUGAAGGUGGCCAGUGGUCCAAGCCCAGAGACGAAAGACUUCUUUGUCAUCAUUUAUGCGGACCGCUGGCUGGCAGUGCCUGUGCAGACGUGGCAGGUCUGCCUCCACUCCCUGCAGCGCGUCGACGUCUCCUGUGUUGCGGGCCAGCUGAGCCGCCUGUCCCUUGUCCUCCGGGGGACACAGAGAGUGAGGAAAGUGAGAGCUUUUGCCUCGCACCCCCAGGAGCUGCAGACAGACCCCGCAGGUGUCUUUGUGCUGCCGCCGCAUGGGGUGCAGGACCUGCAUGUGGCCGUGAGGCCCAGGAGGGCCGGCAGCCGCUUCAUCCACCUCAACCUGGUGGAUGUGGACUACCACCAGCUGGUGGCCUCCUGGCUCUUGUGCCUCUCCUGCCACCAGCCGCUCAUCUCCAAGGCCUUUGAGAUCACGAUGGCGGUGGGUGAAGGGAAAGGCGUCAACAAGCGGAUCACCUACACCAACCCCUACCCCACCCGGAGGACCUACCACCUGUACAGCGACCACCCUGACCUGCUGCAGUUCAAGGAGGACACCUUUCAGGUGGGAGGAGGCGAGACCUACACCAUCGGCCUGCGGUUUGUGCCGGGCAGGAGAGUGGGGCAGGAGGAGAUCCUGAUUUACAUCAAUGACCACGAAGACAAGAACGAAGAGGCCUUCUGUGUGAAGGUCAUCUACCAGUGAGGGCCGGCAGCACCUGCCACACACGCCUGCCCUGUGGACCUCCCCGCCUCUCCUCUCCCCAGCAUGUGGCCCUGCCCUGGUGGCCUGGACCUGGCUUAGGGAGGAACAUGUGUACCCUGGUCAUUUUUGAAAUGCCGGUGUCCAGCCUAGGGCUGCCAACACUGACCAAGGCCACAGGGUGAGUUCUCAGCGUGAACAGGAAUCUGGUGGCCUUCAGUUACCUUAUUCUACCCGAGGUGUACAUGAGGCCCACUGGUCCCUCUGCAGCCCAUGGAGGUUGUCACUGUUUGUAACUUAGUUUCGAUUUUUUUUUUUUAGCAAAAUGUAUUUUAUGAAUCAUCUAAAUGGCAAAAUUAUGUUUUUCUUACUGGAUUUUAUAUGAACAAAAUGAACUUUAUUUGCUACACAGUGUUUUAUACCGAUAUCACGUUGUGUUUGUGUUUAAGAUCAGACCAUCUGAACGCUG